GUGUCAGAGUGAGACGUCGUCGCGCCGCUGCGCCGCUGCUCCGCUCCGUCUCCUCCGCCGCCGCAGCUAGCUUAGCCUCCUGCUAGCUAGCCGCUCCGGUAAACAUGGCCAUGUCGCAGGCUCUGUCGGAGGAGGAGUUCCAUCGGAUGCAGACUCAGCUGUUGGAGCUUCGGACUCAGAACUAUCAGCUGUCUGAUGAACUCAGGAAGAACUCAACAGAACUGAACGCUGUCCGUCAGAAAAAUGUUGUUUUGGAAAGAGAUUUUAUCAAAGCACAGAAGGCUUUGAAUAAGAGCAAAAAAGCUCAGGAGGUGGAGGCGUUGCUGAGUGAGAACGAGAUGCUUCAGGGGAAACUCCACAGUCAGGAGGAGGACUUCCGCCUGCAGAACAGCACGCUGAUGACGGAGCUCUCCAAGCUAUGCACUCAGAUUGAACAGCUGGAACAGGAGAACAAGGGCCUGAAGGAGGGAGGAGCUUCCUCAGGCCCUCCAUCAAACCCCGCCUCCAGCCCCGUAGACGGAGAGCUGCUCCGCCUCCGGGCCGAAAACGCCACCCUCCAGAAGAAGAUGAAAGGCUUCCAGGAGCGCUAUGACCAGGCCAACCCGAGCGUUACCACGGAGACGGACGGGCCGGCCGCCGCAAACCGAGUCUCUGGCGUCACAGGGAGGGGGGAGGAGCCACAGGCCGACGGAGCCAAUGAGAGGCUGGAACAGAGCGAGGCUCAGCUGGAGCUCCUGGAGAAACCGAUGCACGGCCGGUCAGAGAGGAGCGUAGAGGAGAUAGUAGCUAAGCAGGCAGCGAUAGGCUGGUCGGCUCUCUGUCCAAUAACACACUGCUUUGGACCAGAGACGGAGACGAAGCUCCACCCGGAACGGGAGGGGAAGAGGCUGCUGAUGGAGCAGGUCCAGAGGGUGGAGGAGUCCAAACAGGCCGAAGUCACCAAACUCCACGAAGAGAUCGCCAAGCUGUCUGACAAGCUGAAGAAGAAGCAGGACAGUUUCCAGCGUCUCCAGGGAGAGAAGGAGGCUCUGUACAACGACAGCAGGACAAAGAUCGAUGAGAUCAACCAAAGAAAGGAGGAGGAGCUUAAAGCCACGAACAUCCGCAUCCAGAAACUACAGUCGGACGUGGUGGCAGCCAAUCAGACGACGGCCGAACUGAGAGAGCAAAUCCAGAGCCGAGCGAGGGAGCACGAGGUGAUGGUUCACACCUUGAGGGACCAGGCCGCCAAUCAGAGCGCAGUCAGUCAGGAGCAGGUGGACAACAUCCUGCAGGAGAAUGAUGCUCUGAGGACUAACCUCGCUGCUCUAGAACAGAUCCAGACUGUGAAGACGCAGGAGGUGAAUCUCCUCCGCGAGCAGCAGGAGGCGCUCACGCAGGAGCUGCAUCAGAGACGAGCUGAGAGGGAAGUGAUGUCGGCUCAGAGGGACGACCUGGAGUCCCAGCUGCAGGAAUCCAGUUUUGCCAGCAGGAAGCUGUUGGAGCAGUUAACAGAAGAAGGACAAGAGAAGGAGAAGCUGCUGAGAGACCUGGAGGAGGCCAAGAAGACGGCAGAGAAGAGGAAGGCCAUGCUGGAUGAGAUGGCGAUCCAGAUGAACCAGGAGAAGUUUGACCACAAGGAGGCGGAGUCAGAGCUCAAGCUGCAGCACGAGAAGGAGGUCCUGGGGGUGAGGGCUCGCUAUGAGAAGGAGCUUCGAGGCCUUCAUGAGGACAAGAACCGCUCGGAGAAGGAGAUCCGUCAGCAGCUCCGAGAGGAGAAGGCCCGGGCUAAAGAGCUGGAGAGUCUUCAGCCCCGGGUGGAGGAGCUUCAGACUCAGGUUCAGUCCAUGGAGGGAACCAGAGGCUGGUUUGAGAGGAGACUGAAGGAGGCAGAGGAGAAAAUAGAAACAAACUCGCUGGAACAUCAGGAAGAGAUGGAGCGAGUGAAGAGAGGACACACACUGCAGCUGGAGGAGAAGCAGUCUGAGAUGGAGGAGGUGAAGCAGCAGCUGGCGGAGGCGGAAAAACAGAAGGACGGACACAAGGACACAAUCGAGAAGCUCAAACAGGAGAUCAAAGACACGGUGGAUGGACAACGGAUCCUCGAGAAGAAAGGAAGUGCAGCGCUGAAGGAUUUGAAGCGCCAGCUUCAGCUGGAGAGGAAGAGAGCCGACAAGCUGCAGGAGAGACUUCAGGAGAUACUGACCAACAGCAAGAGCAGGACAGGUCUGGAGGAGCUGGUUCUGUCCGAGAUCAACAGUCCCAGUCGGACCCAGCAGACCGGAGACUCGUCCUCCGUCUCCUCCUUUUCCUACAGGGACAUGAUAAAGGAGGCCCAGCCGACCAAUCAGAACAAGUCGGGGGGGGGCAGCCCUCAGUCCCAGCGCCCCGCUGAGCUGUCGGACGACGAGGUGGGGGAGCUGUUCCAGCGCCUGGCCGAGGUCCAGCAGGAGAAGUGGAUGCUGGAGGAGAAGGUGAAACAUCUGGAGGUCAGCUGCUCGUCGAUGGCUGAAGACAUCUGUAGGAAGAGCUCCAUCAUCGAGACCUACGUGAUGGAGAGCCGCAUAGACGUGUCGGGCGGCGCCAUUGGGGGACACGGGGGACACGGAGGUCACGGAGGCUCCCAGGGCGAGCGGGGGAGUCUGGGCUCGGUCCUCAGAGAUCUGGUGAAGCCGGGAGACGAGAACCUGAGAGAGAUGAACAAGAAGCUGCAGAACAUGCUGGAGGAGCAGCUGACCAAGAACAUGCACCUGCAGAAGGACCUGGAGGUUCUCUCCCAGGAAUUAGUCCGUCUCAGUAAAGAUAGCGGUGCAGCCGGGUCGGGAUGAGGCUAUCGUCUGGAUCCAUCCAUCCAUCCAUUUCCUUCGUUCUCCUCACCUGGAAGGAAAAGACCGACUAACACCUGGAACCAACAUUUCUUCCGUUUCACAUUCCCUGCGCAAGUCGACAUGGAUCAUUCCUGGGCUCAGACUAACAUCUGGAGCCUUCACCAUCUCCUUAUCUUAAGGCUUCUAGGUUACGACUAAAUGCUGGAACCUGUUUUUCAAAUAAACCGAACCAUCGGUAAGUUUUAAAGGCGUAGAAGAAGAAACUUGUUCGACUCAUUUAUGUUGCUAUUGAAUGUACUGUAAUUAGACUGUACCACCCAGUUCUUCUGGGUCCUGGCUACAACCUGGAAAACCGCCAUUGUAACUGACUGUAAAUAUUUUUGUGACUCAGACUAACCCCGUUUGUUGGGUCCCGGCUACUUCCUGGAGUACAGAUCCCUGCUAUCCAAACGAAUGUCAUUUUGUUUGUUUUCCUCGUGCAGUCGGUUGUGAUCUGGCUAUUUCCUGGGCUCCUUGUAUGCAACUUAAUACUUAAGCACUGAUGCUCGGGUCGUGGCUAUUUCCUAAAUCCCUGCUGUCCAGAUGAACUGUUCUGCAUCCCUUCUCUUGUUUACAACUUUUCAAACACUGGUUAUUAAUUCAUAAUUUCUCCCCGAGCUGAGGCAGGGAUGACGUUCUAUAUUUCUCUUCAAUUUUCAAACGAUCUCACUAAUUUGGAUGCUUUAGGGGGUUUGUAUGGUCAACAAAUCUGUUUAAUGAGAAUUAUAACAAACAUUCAAAAAUUCUGAUGAUGUGUUUUAUUUUGUUUAAAGCGCCACGAUUUGUAUUAGUGUAAUAGUAUUGAAUUUAAUUGCAGCUAAAUUCCUGAUGUUAAUGUCUGCUCUCGCUAAUUCUGCAGGGAUGUGUCUAUGUCUUGGAUCACAUGAACUGUCACUUUAGUUGUGUAUCUUAUUUCCAUCCCCACUGGACACCAAAUGGUGCAGAAAAGAGUGAAAAACUGUCAUCUUUGCAUGCUAAUGACUGAAAUCGUGGGCCGUGUCUACUUCCUGCUUGAAACCACGUGGAUAUUGUUUUGUUUUUAGUUCUCGGUCUGAUGUUCACUUUAAAUCUUGACGUGUCGCCAGUGCAGCUUUUUAUUUGUCUUUUAAUGGAUUCAUUACAUUUUCAGAUGGCGCGUAAACAAAAGGAAAUAUUAAAUAUAUCGACUCACUCUGAGGGGGCGGGAUCUGUCUAUGUGCCGCAUGGCGACUUGGCCCGUCACUCUAACGUGUCUGUUUAUUUAUUUAUAUAUAUAUAUAUAUAAAUAAAUAAUCUCGUGAUAUGACUUUAAACUGUAAGAAGAAUCAACUGAUCUAUUUAUGAGACUGAUCAUGACGCAAAUUAUUGUAACAUCAAGAAAUAUUAUUGAUGAUAAAACAUUGUGUGGAGAGGCUGA